AUGGCAGCCAGGACAUCUGUGCAAUGCCUCCAGGAUGAAGCCUUGUGCUCCAUCUGCCUGGAAAUUUUCCAGGAUCCUGUGUCUAUCCACUGCGGGCACAGCUUUUGCCGGGCAUGCAUCACUCAGAACUGGGAAGGACUGACCACCAACUUCUCCUGCCCCCAGUGCAGGGAAGCAGUGCCCCAGCAGAGCUUCCGACCCAACCGGGAGUUGGCCAACAUCAUUGAAGUAGCCAAGAGCUUGAACCUGCGACCGGUCAGAGAGGUAGAUGGAGGGGAGAACUUGUGCAAGGAGCACCAGGAAGCCCUGAAGCUCUUCUGCAAAGACGAAGAAAGGCUUAUCUGCCUAGUGUGCGACAGGUCCAAGGUGCACUGUAACCAUUCUGUGGUUCCUGUGGAUGAGGCUGCCCAGGAGUACGAGAAGCGAAUUCAGACCCAACUGCAACUUCUGAAAUCAGAGCAUGGGGCGCUUCAAUCUUCUGUGGAGGACAGACAAGACAGAGUGCAGGACUACACCAGAAGGGCAGAAGAUACAAAGCAGAAGAUUGUGACAGCAUAUAAGGAGUUUCACAAGUUCCUAGAGAAGCAGGAGUCCCUUUUCCUGGCCCAGCUGGAGCAGAUGGACACAGAAAUAAUGAACACACAUGAAGAAAUCCUCAACAGGCUUUUGGAGGAGACCACAAGCCUGGGCACGCUGAUUGAGGAGAUGGAGAGAAUAUGCCAGCAGCCAGACUGUGAGCUCCUGAAGGGCAUCAAAGCCACCUUAAGCAGGUGCAAGAGGAAAAUAUUCUCACAAUCACUUGAUGUUUCCCCUGGGCUGGAAAAGAAAUUCUGUGAUUUCACAGAAAAAAUCACAGCUGUCAAGAAGGCUAUGGAGAAAUUUCAAGACAUACUGGAUUUUGAACUUCCAUUCACAACACAGAUGACACCGGACCUGAAGACAGCCAACGCCAGGCUUUACCUCUUGGAAGACGGCAAGUUCGUGCAGUGGAUACCCCAUGGGCAGGACCUGCCCUCCAACCCAAAGAAAUUCAAAGUCGCGCGCUGCGUGCUGGGCUCAAGGGGCUUCAUAUUGGGUUGGCACUGCUGGGAGGUGGAGAUCUGUAGAGAAGGCAUGUGGGUCAUUGGGGUGGCCAAGGAGUCAGUGCAAAGGCAGAGUUGGUUCCCCCUGAAGCCUGAAGCAGGCGUGUGGGCACUGUGUCAUAACAGACAUGGGUAUGAGGCUCUGACCUCUCCCAGUAUCACCCCCUUGACUCUACACAAUGUCCCCCAGCGGAUACGAAUCUGCUUGGACUGUCAGGAAGGCAGAGUGGUGUUUUUUGAUGCUGUGAGCAAGGCACGGAUUUUUGCUUUUCUGCAGGCUUCUUUCAAAGGGGAAACAGUUUACCCAUGGUUUCUGGUGAUGGAGGACGCUCACCUCAAACUUUUUUCCCAAGUUGCAGACAGUGAUUUGAUCCUUCUCCAUUCCAGGAUGGAUAAUCCCAGUCUCUCCCCGUCCAUGCUGGGCUUCAGUUUGGUGGUGUGA